GAACGCGCUCCGCUGUUUACGCGCAGAAUGACGGAGAAUUGCUGAUAAAUGGGGUCCGUGAAAUGGAAAAUACAUCAGCGUUUGCUGAUAUUACCUUGGAUUUUAUCGUUUUCAGCUGUUUUUUGUUUUAGCGAGUUGUCGUUUGUCACCGAGCCCCGGGAUGUAAUCACAUCUCUAGGUGAUCGUGUUAUUCUGGACUGUCAGGCUCAAGGUGAGUCGCCCAUCGCUGUGCGAUGGAGGAAGAAUGGCGUCCAACUCCAGGAGAGCGAGCGAGUUCGUAUCCUGUCCAACGGAUCUCUGUACAUCUCCAAUGUGAAGAGUUCAGCAGACCAAUCAGAUUACGGCUUCUACCAGUGCCUCGUCCAAAACACAUAUGGAGCCAUACUGAGCCAAAGAGCACGUCUCACAAUCACAAGUAUGUUGUCGUUUGUAACCCAUCCUGUUCCUGUGGUGGUCACAGUCGGGUCUGUGGCUAGAUUUUCCUGUAGUGUUAUCGGCACUCCUUCAGCUGUGAUCACCUGGGAACUCAACCAAAGAUUUCUACCUUUGAAUACAGACAGAAUCACAGUUUUGCCGAAUGGAGUGCUGCAGCUCCACGAAGUGACAAUGAAGGAUGCUGGGAAAUAUCGCUGCUUAGCAUCGAACAUCGCCAGUCGAGUCAAGAGCAGAGAGGCAGAGCUUAUCGUCAGCCCAGCGUUGGGACCGAGACCCCUCAUGAAACCACAGAUCAUCGCCGGACCUCAGAACAUCAGCGCCGUUCUGCAUCAGUCUGUGAUUCUGGAGUGCAUGGCGGAAGGCAACCCUCACCCCCUAGUAUCCUGGAGCAGGGCGGAUUCCAAACCGAUUGACGUGUUUGGCGCGAGAGUGCUGGGCAACGGAAACCUGAUUAUCUCUGCCAUGAAGGCCCAGCAUAGCGGUACUUAUUUGUGCCGAGCGACAACACCAGGAACACGCAACUACACGAUAGCAGCCGCCAACCUCACUGUACUAGUUCCUCCAACUCUGGUGGAGAAACCAGAGAGCCAGACUCGACCCAGAGCCGGUACCGCUCGAUUCAGUUGUCAGGCUGAGGGCACACCUGCGCCCCGCAUCACCUGGUUUAAGAAUGGUCAGGUGAUCCAAUCUAAUGGGCGCACCAAGAUGUAUAACAAUAAACUGGUGAUAACCCAGAUCAUUCCGGAAGAUGACGCCUUUUACCAGUGCCAGGCGGAGAACUCUCAGGGUUCGGUUCUGUCCACGGCCCGACUCAUUGUGGUGCUGUCAGAGGAUCGUCCCAGUGCGCCACGCAACGUCCACGCUGAAACCAUCUCAAGCUCUGCUAUCUUGCUGGCGUGGGAGAGACCGCAGUACAACACGGAUAAAGUCAUUGCAUACUCUAUUCACUACAUGAAAUCUGAGGGUCUAAACAACGAGGAGUAUCAGGCCGUGAUCGGCAAUGAUACAACCAGCCACAUCGUGGACGAUCUGGAGCCAGCACGCAACUACACGUUUUAUAUCGUUGCAUACAUGCCGAUGGGUGCCAGUCGCAUGUCAGAACAAGCCACGCAACACACGCUGGAAGAUGUGCCCCUCCGUACCCCUGAGCUGAGUUUGACCAGUCGCAGUCCGACCGAUAUCCUUGUGUCCUGGCAUCCUCUUCCUAACAAACUGAGCCGCGGACGUGUGUCUGCGUACCGCCUGUCAUACCGUACGGCUGCUGACGACCAGAUAACGUCCGUUGAAUUGCCCAUCCAGGGUGAGAACUGCACGCAGUAUAUUCUUCAGGAUCUUCAGCCCGACACCAUCUACCUGAUCCGCAUGUCUGCGUCCACCCGAGUGGGCUGGAGUCAACCAUCUGCCUGGAACUCUCAUCGCACACCCAAAACAUCCAGCUCCACAGUUCCUCCUGCCCCAAACCUUGAGCUUGAACCGCUAAACUGCACGUCUGUGACGGUUCGCUGGCACACGGCUCCUAGCGACGUUGUCGUCCAGGGAUACAAACUCUCGUUUCACCCAGACGGCCAAUCAGAGGACUCUAUUCUCCAGCUGCCCCCUCACGACCACCAGCACACCAUCGCGGGGCUCAACCCCAGAGUGAAGUAUCAUGUGAAAGUGUUGGCGCUCAGCUCUAACGGUGACGGUUAUCAGGCGCAUCAAACCGUCAACACUCCAGGAUGUCCUUCUUCACCGAACCGCAGGUUGGCGAUGCUGCCUCCUCCAGACCACAUCCACACUAAAGCUAACAGCUCAUCGGCGGUGAGUCUGGUUUGGGGUCGGCCUGCAUUCAGUUCUGGAAAACCCCUGAGCUAUUCCGUCCGCUACGGUCCUGUGAGUCCGUCUGACACCUCAUCUGUUCGUUAUGUCCAAACCACUGAGCAGACGGUAAAAGUGACAGGACUCAGGCCAAACACCCGUUAUGAGUUUGCUGUAUGUCUUCAUAUGGAUCAGAUGUCCAGUCCCUGGAGCUCGACGGUCUAUGAGAGAACUCUUCUGGAAGCGCCAUCCUCCCCCCCACUGUCCGUCAGAGUCACUCUAAUAGAAGAUGGUACAGCGCUGGUGUCAUGGAAACAACCAGAUCAGCCCAACCUGUCUAUAACGCACUACACCAUCCUGUACGCAUCGCAGAACUCAUGGCUCGCUGGAGAAUGGCAGGUUCUGCAGAGAGAGGGUACAAACACUAUGGCCCUUCUGGAGAAGCUGGAGUCAGGUAACGUUUACCUGGUGAAGGUUUCUGCAUCUAACCAGGCCGGUGACGGACCAUUCUCAACCACUGUAGAACUGCCAGUGCACCGGGGUAAAAAUCACCAGCCACGUCAUGCAGACAACCAUGCAGAGAAAACAGACAGUCUUUAUCACAUCGAUGAGAAGUCUGUGACCGGCAUCAUCGUUGGCAUGUGUAUCGCGCUGGCUUGUAUCAUCAUGUGUAUCUUCAUUCUCUUCACCAGAAGUAAAACACGGAAAUCAGCAUCCUCAAAGAUGAUUGGACAGGUGAGGAAUGAGGUCAGGCAUAGUGGUGUUUCAACAGCCAAUCAGCUCCCAGCGGAGAACGCAGAGGUUCUGGUUCCGAUGUUGAGAACCCACUUCAUUGAUACCAAAGGAGGAACGAAUUCACUGAUAAACGACGCAGGACCAGUAAUGAGCGACAGUCAGAGCAAACGAAAAAAAAUUAACAUUUUCAACAACACGCAGAAGUCUAGCGCACAGAAAAGCAAGAUCCAGGACCAUGGUUGUCUUUACGAAGUGGGUAAGACGGUACUACUUUACGAGGAAGAGCAAGCCGUCGCCUCUGCGCAAGCGCCCUCCCUGCAGAUCCUGUUCCGGCCACUAGGGGAGUCAGAGAGCUCGCAAGCCAGCGACGGCAGCAAAGAAACGGGCGAUUCUGGAAACUUCUCUCACGAUGAGGCGGAAAACAGCCCGAACCGAAGCUCUUAUAGGUCUGACGACAACGAGCAAUUUUCAGACGACGCCCUGCGAAACAAAUUGCGCGUUCCAGAAACGUCCAUCUGUGUUGCGAGCGUCUGCGGGUGGGUUCUAGAUGCUUCGCAACCUAAAUCUACCUCUGAUCAGCAAUACGUAUCGGUUCCUCUUUAGCUCAGCUGUCAGUAUGUGAUACGAGUCGUCAUGGCCAUGUGAUUCCAGAGCCGAUGAACGUGAUUUUCACUCAGGAUUCAAUGGCGAUCCAAUAUUAGUUUGAGAUAGCUUCACAGUCACAGAUGUGAUAAACUUGCACACCUUAAAAUGUUCCCAAUAACUACCCCUUCCCGACUGGACCUGCUCUGAGAAAUUGUGAAUAUUCCAAAGAUGAAGGUCCUAGAUUCGUUUGUAGACACUCUUCAUAAAACAUUUCACACCUGAUGUGCUUCACACAAACGAGUGUUUGUUUGUGGAAUUGAAAGAGACGGAGUUUAUUUCUGCUGUCUCUCUACCUCAUUUAAUCUUGUGCUUUGCGGUUUGUAGCUUUGUUCUGAAAUGUUGUUUUACUUUUUUAUAUAAACACCAAAGGUUUUACUAAAUAUAUAUAUAUACUUGUUUUCCUCUUGAAGAGAUAAAGUAAGUUAAAGAAAUAGUUCGCAAAAAAAUGAAAAUACUGUUAUUCUGUUAAAAAAAUCUACGUUGUAAUCAGUACUGGUUAUCUUGUUUUGUUUGAGGUUGUUUUCUUCUUAAUUUAAGCAUAAAUCUUUUCAUUUUUGGGUGAACUAUUCCCUUAAGGUGCUUGACCUCAUGAAGGAAAGCAUUUAUAAAAUCACUGCUUUUACGAGUUUAAAGACGGGAUAAAAUAAGGACAGAGAUCAAUGCCUCAACUGAAAUGUGUGCAGUUAUUUAAUUCUGUAUUUUUCAGCUUUUGUUGCAGCACUUCUCUGUGUGCUUCUUAUGUUUGUGUAUCUUUUGAGGAUUUGCCAUAGCAGAUCAAGUUGUUGAUCCAUGUUUAAGGUUUAAGCUUCUUCUUAAGAUGUUUAUUGAGAUAUUUUGUGUUCAUUUGACACUUAAGUGGAGGAUUUGAGGAUUUAUUUUAAUUGCUCUAAUAAUGUAGAUUUGACCUCUUUAUUUGUUUGGUGAAUAAGGGAAAAAUAACCCCAAAAACCCACUGGUGCACUGGUGAUAACGGUGUGCCAAAAUCUGAAAGCUUUAUAGGAUGUAAACGGCCUUAUGAUGGGAGGGUCAUUUGCAAUAUGAAAGAUGUCUGAUCCAAAGAGUUAAGGAAUUAUACAGAGGUGUGAAAUGAUGCCAAAAUACUGUUACCUCCCAAAGAUAUAAAAAUAUAUAUUUGUGUAUAUAUGAAAGUGCCAAAGUAAUGCCAUUCCAAGCAUAUUUUCACAGUAGCUUUAGCGCUCAGAUUCUGGGUGAGCGAGAUAUUUUUCUUUGGUGAUUUUUCCAUUUUUGAUUGUAGUGAAGCAGAUGUGGUGACAGAUGCUGUAAUCCAAAGAGUUGUUUGCUUCUUUCAAAGGGUUGAUGUACACAAAGAUACAAAAUCUUAAAUAUUCCGGGUUCAGCUCGGUCGACAGCAUUUGUGGCAUAAUGUGGAUCACCACAAAAAUGAAUGUCGACUCGUCCCUCCUUUUCUUUAAAAAAGCACAAAUGUGUGUUCCAGUGAGACACUUACAAUGGAAGUCAAUGGGGUCAAUCUGUAAACAUUAAAAUACUGUAGACACAAGACAUAAACAAUAUGUGUGUUAACAUGAUUUGACUGUACAAAAAUAAAAUCACUUACUAACCACAUCUGUGGAAAGUUACAGGCAAUUUUACAACUCCGUUGCCAUGACGAUGUAACGCCGUAAACCUUAAAACAACCGUAAAGCAACGUUUAAACAACGUUACAGCUCAAAUAAUACACGAGUUUUAACAGAAUUAAUGUAAGUGCUUUUAUAAAAUUAUAAGCGUCACAUCUCUGCCUUUAAACCCUCCAAAUAUUGCCCCCAUUGACUUCCAUUGUAAGUGUCUCACUGGAACACACAUUUGUGCUUUUAUUAAAGAAAUUAAUUUUUGUGGUAAUCAACAUUAUGCCACAAAUGCUGUCAAAUGAGCUUACCGGAAUAUUCAGGUAUAUUGAACAGUUCACAUACAGGUUAUGAGAAAAUAUAUCUCACUUUAAAACCAAAGUGCACAUCUCUGCUGUGACUGAGCUAAUGAUGUGAUUUUGAGUGUUUUGUAUGAAGUGCGGCUGAAUUACAUUUACAGUACAGUGGCAUACAGUUGAAUGCGUUUAAAGAUGUUUUAUAGCACAAUUUCAGAAAAAUAUAAUUAGAGAGUUUUUAGACAACCCAUUUGAUUGAGGUGACGCAAAAUCAUUAUUUCAGAAAAGCUAAUAAUAAUCUAUACCAAAGAAUGAUACGGUCACCCCUGUGUAUUGUGUAGAUUUGACAUUUUGUAAUUCAUUUGCUUCUUUUAAAAGUUGUGUUCUGUUUUGACCACGACCGCUCAGCUACACGUCACAGAAACAUCUGUGAACUUUCAUAACACCCGUUGAAUGUCAUAUUGCAUUUACUAAAGACUCUGAAGCUUUCUUUAGGGGCUUCCUUGAUUAAACAGCUUAAACAUACUGAAGGUGGUUUGCUGGUGGUUUAAGAUGGUUUCACUGGUCUCCCAACCUGACCAGCUGAUACCAUCAAACCACAGCCGCCUGACUGGUGCAAACCAGCUUGGUGGGCCAGCUAAAACCAGUAAACCACAUCAGAUGGGUUAAAGCUGAUUUGUUGUUAUUGAUUAUAUUCUGUAUUUUACAUGAGUAUUUUUUGAUCAUGUUUCAUGUUGUUUUAUUUGUCUUUUAUACUCAAGAUAAGUCUGAUUCCAAACUUUUUCAGGGACUUUAAUAGGCUUUUAGUUACUGUGUAAUUUUAAUAUAAUCUUUGUAUUUGUUGUUUUAUGGUGAUUUCUAUUAUUAUUUAAGUCCCCCAUGUGUUAAUGCGGAGCAUGUUGUACCAGUUUGAUUCCAUUACAUGCCAGAAAGUGGUCAGA